UUUUUUUAUAAAAAAAAAUAAUGAGAUAUUUCAAAAAAAAGGAUAAAUAAAUAAUAAUUUUGAGUUGAUUUCUUCCUAGAUGAUUUCUAAUUAUAGAAUUCCAAUCCUUUACAAUCUUUUGCCCCUCUUCAUUACUCUAUUAAUAUUUAGUCUAUUCUAUGUCAUGACACAUAAAAGUGAUAACGAGCUAUUGGUUAGAAAAUCAUAAUGUGAAUGCAGAGGCUGGAAGAGGAGGAAUUCCAAUACGUAACAAAUCCAUGACAGUUAUAAUAAUAUAUUCAUAUAACGAAGAACCAAAAUGAUUGUACCGUUAACAGAGACCAAGGAUGAGUAAAUGUAUACUCGAUAAAAGAACGACCGGAGAGAAAACAGCGUUUUGGACGAUUCAUCUUUACCGUUAGAACCAACCGCAUGACACGCUCAUGGUCCACGAGGAAUCUUCUCCUGACUACCGGAAGCAUAAUUUUUCCUAAACUCUUUUUCUUCGUUAUGUUUCAUCAAUUUUAUUUCAUCUAUCAAUAUUACGUAUAUAAUUAUUUUAUCUUUCUCGAAGCAAUUUCACAAUUCCAGUUAGAUAAAUCUCGUUUCAAUUCGAUCGAUUCGAGUGUUUCCACGAUCAGAGAUAGCUAGUUAAUUAAUCCUGUUUUAAUAUAUUAACAGUACUUCUCCGAUGGGAAAUACUGGGAAAAAUUUCUAAAUAAUAAAGUGAAAAGUUACAGCACAAAUAAUUGUUUUUGUCGAUGAUGAAUGGAAACUUAUGGAAGACCUCGAUCUUCCAAGUUCAAGUGAUUCUCACGUCUUUCUUAACUCGGUCUUCUCUUUUUCGCAAGAUCGCCGUUAUGUAAUUCAUCGAAGCUUGACUAAGAUAGUUACUCGAUAGCCUUUACCGUGUGAUCAAUAUCACGAUUAAAGAUUACGAUCAUUUAAUCCAUAAAAAAUUAGAAAAAGCUACAAAAGACAAAUUUAUAUUAAUAUAUAUAUUUUUAAAUAUUUAUAACGAGAUAUAUUUAAAUUUCUAAAAUCAAAAAAUAUUCCCAUAUUUGCGUGUGAUUCGAUCAAGAUAAUAUGCAUCCUUUACGAUAUUAUCGCUGAACUAUAUACAAUUCAGUUGUUUCUUGUGGUACAGGAAGAAUGCUGGACAGCACAUCCUGAAGAAAUAGAUGCGCGAUACCAGUCACGGCCAAUGACCAGCCUUGGGUGCUAUCCAAUAAUGAUUUUCUUCCUUUCCUUUCCCACGCGCAAUUUAUCACUUGGGCAAACAUCAAACCGCAAUUUUAUACCACGUUGACUAUUCUAUUCAAUUUCAAUUCGUCAAAUAAUAAUUGAACAAGUUAAAAAAACUAGAUCAAACGUUUACGUUUCUCGGAAUAAAAGUAUUCGAAAUUGAACAGCUGCAUGCUAUCGCGUUGCUUUCACUCAUAUUUGAUCGACAACGAGAAAUACAUAGCGGAAGUUAUGUGAACCUGGCAACCUACAAACCUCAAACUCCAUACAUGAAUUCAUAUUGGUUACGCGCGUUCAUUAAUUAUUAUUCUCGAAUGCAUACGUUCUCUCGUCAAGACGAUUUUCAUCGUUCGUGAGGCUCGAAAGCGAAAAAGCUCGAGACCAAUCCGUGAAACGGAAUCUCUGUCGAAGAACGGAAACAAAGAAUAAUGAUAGACUUAAAGGCAAUUGUUAAAUAAAAUAAAAAUGUAGAUAUGUACGAAUCUCGAUCACAUCAUCGGUAAUGAAAGCGUGCUAAAGAAUGAUUGGAUGAAUUUUUUUCGGCCACGAUGCAUCACGAUCCAAAGCCAAUGUCAUUUACUUUUGCUCUUGACCUCGUGCGAAGUCGAGUUCCAAGUCUGUUCUCACUCGCAUAGUGGGUCCUGGUAAUCCAGAGUCCAGUGCCAGUUGUGAUUGUUUUAUUCAUGAGAUGUUGCUCGUCGGCUUAAUUAAUUUUCAUUAAUGUACGUGUCUUUUAAAACGGCUCUUGAUACGUGAAACUAUCUAUUCGUUUCCACGCUUUCGUUUUGUAGAAACACACGAUUAUUAUUAUCAUAAUUCGCCAACCUAGUUUUGGAAUUGAAAUGUUAACCUGUUCUCGAAUCGAUAAGCAAUUCAAUUUUACCGGUGUUUCAAGUGUGUUAUUAUUAUAAUUUUUGAUGUAAUUUCAGAUGUCCAGGUACCUCGGUCUGAUUCUGCUCGUUAUUACAACAUGCGCCCACGGAGCCAAAAAAUGCGAGGGAAAUGGUUUGGGCUUGAAAUAUGUAUGGGGCGAUGCGCUCACGGAUCCAGCCGAUUGUAUAGGUCCAAAUAACGUGCAGUACCCGUCAGCCGCAAUAUCGAGAAGUUACAAGAAUCUUUGGACGAACAGCCGAAUUGCGAGAUCUCACCAGGCACGAACGAUCGAUCCUGAAUUAACGAGGCAGGCUCUAUUGCACAAUUACAAAAUUACCCAUGGAGAUUAUUCGAUGGCCGAAUCCUCGCGAAAUGGCAGAGGAUUUUCCUCGAGGGAAACAUGCGGUUCACCAGCUAGAUUAUGCAAAACGAGGUACAACACUACGGCACCUAUGUACGGAGUCAGUUUAACCAGCGGCCAACCUGUGACAAUCGUGCAAAAAUUCCCUGAUCUUUUGCAGCAAGUUGUAUUCGAAGUUUGCGAAUCAAAAGAGUGCGAUGUAGUCCACGGUGAGUGCACGCAGACAUACGUGCCAUACCUGUUCCUGGUGAUUCCACUUGGACCGGUGACCUUGACCGGUCAAGAUUACGUUCUGGUCGAGAGUGGUUGCGUGUGCAAGCCGAGAAAUUCGGCGAGCGCCAUGUCCGAGCCUCCGGCUGUUCCAAGCUUUUAAACGUUCGUCGAACUCUAGCGAUCGACAUCGAGCGCACCUUUACACCUCUGCGCUGGAGGACAUACAGCUCGAGAUCCGUGUCGAAUGUGACGAAUCGGUGGAAGGUGACCCGAAGCUCGAACAACCUCGCCGAGGAACCUAGUAACCUCUUUGACGAAGCUAGCAAAGGAUGCUGAAACCAGUAUUGAAGUCGCUAGAGAAUUGAUUUCUCGAGAGAAAUCUAGAAUAUGAACAAUUUUCCCUGCGUAUGCAGUACAUCUUUCUUCCGCGACGGAAUACUAACUUUUACCGUGGAUCAGCUUCUCUAGUUUGUCCGAGGUGUCAUGUCACGAUUUCCACGAGGAGCAGCUUUCUAUUAAAGCUGAAGAUUCCUUUCGUUGCGAUCUCGAAUAUUUCGUGAAAUUCAUCGUAUAGAUAAUUUAGACGUCAAAGGAAAGACUCUUUUAUCAUGAAUCAUUUAUAACAGGGAUUCAGUCCGUACAUCGGUAUCGAUUAUAAAAUUCGAUUAUAAAAUUUACCUAUUCAUAAUAUUCAUUUUGUAUUUUUGUCGGUUUCUUUAUAAAAAAAAGAAAUAGUUUCAAAGAAACAACAGUAAAAAGUUCGUAGCUCGAAUAAUGGCGCGAUCCCUUUAUCAUUGUUUUUCUUGAAGUAAAAAAAAAAAAAAAAAAAAAAGAAGAAGAAGAAGAAGAAGAAAAAGAAGGAAGGAAAUAAGUUAGAAGAAAUUAUUUCAACGUGAAAAAACAAAUCGGAGCAGUGGCGGUCGUUUCGCGGAAUCCGGUCUCGGAAUCCGAUCGAGUUCACUAGACCUGCCCACGAGCCGGUUUCAAGCAGGUGUAUAGAACAGCUUGUAACAGUGCUCCGCAAGAAAUAUCAGCGAGAAAUUCUUUCGAAACGUAUCACAAAGUUAUAUCAUUUGCGUCAAUUGCAUAUUAAUGUUGGAAACUUUGUUAAUGUGUUUUCCAGUUUAUCAUCGAAUCCUUAAUAUCACCAUUAUCCGUUCUGUUUUAUUGAUCAUAAGAUAAAUUUUUUAGAAUUCAUUUUCUUCGUGUAUUCAUUUUCUUGAUAUAUCUUAUAUGAGACAUCAACAAUUGAUUGAUUAAAGCGGUCAUAAAAACCGACCGACCGAAAAAUCUAAUUUUGAUUUUCUUUCUCAAUAUAUAUCAUUAAUUAAAGAAAAAAAAUCUCUUAUCAUUGCACAAAACGUAUAAAUAAUUUUUCGUGAAGAUAAAAUGCUAAAAAAUAAAAAAAAUCGUUCUUAUUCUCAUAUUAGAAUCAGUUAAAUCGUUACUGAAACACGCUACUGGCCUGUUUAUGUUUCUUAGAACCGGACUUUGAAAGCUCGCGUUAGAAUCGUACCGACAAACAGGAUAGACGUGCAAUCGCAAUACGAAUGGACCGUACCAUGAAUUCCGAUGAGUAUAAAGUACCGUUAUCCGCUUUGCGGGACCCUUCACCUCGAUUUACUUCACUUGGUUAUUUCAUAGGCAAGAUUUAUACGGCGCCUACAAGUAGCUAACUUGUGUCGUUCAUUCAUGGCGCGCCACUUAAUCAUCAAUAGCUCUUUUGCUUUGAUCCAGGUAUUAGUUUUCUACGGUGCUUGUGAUUUUCCUAUGCAAUUAUAAAUAGCAUCGUAAUUCUAAAAUUCAAAUAUUUAAGUCAAAAAAUGACAAUUGAACAAAAUGUCUUCCGAUUUUGUAUAUUUCAUCGUAAAAGAAAUUAAAUAUCGAUUAUUCGUUAGACAAAAUACAAGAUGGAGCACAUCAAACGUUAUAAGUUUUUCCCGAAACUACUACAUGAUAUUGACAUGCUUUUUUUUUUAAUAUCUGUAUCUUAUAUGAUUUGUUUAUCAAUGAUUUAAUAUAAAAAAAAAAGAAACAUAAAUAUCUAUAGUAGUUUAGGAGAAAAUUGUUUAUAAUUUUUUAUGUGAUUCAUUUUAUAUAAAUGGGAAUUAAAUACA